UAAAAAGAAAAAUAUUGUGUGUACAAGAAAUAGUAAUUUGAUUCCCUCCCCCUUUUUAUUAUUAUUAUUAUAAACGAAGUCUUGGUCGAGUUUGUCUCAAAACCAGUCGCCACCUAUAUCUGUGUUUAUCUUUAUUUGUUUUGCAAGCUCAUCUCUUUCCCCUUAUUCUCUCCCGCUUCAAAGCCAAAGACUCUCUCUUUUCCCCCUCUCUCCACCCCUUGUAUCCCUCUAUAUUAUUCCCACACCAAUUUACGUUGAAGCAAAGAAUAAAUAUACCCCACAGCUUUGCUUUUUAUCCAAUGGCAGUUGAAGCUCCGCAUAUGAAUCCUUUCCCUCCUCAGUUAACCACCACCAGAGGUUUUAUGAAUACGAAUCAAGGGAUGAGCAAUACCCAGAUGGAUAUUCGAGUUCCUUUGGUUGAUUCAAUGCCACAAGAUUCACAGGCUUUUCCAUUAUAUCAAACCCUUCUUUGUGAUCCGAUUUCAGCCAAAACUUCAAUCAACAAAGCUGAUAGUGGCCUUACCUAUAAUAUGAAUAUCCCUGUCUCAGCACCAAGAAAAAGGCUCAGAGAUACAUUCGUCCAUGGCCUUGAAUCAUAUCUCGUCUCUCAAAAGACCAAACUCUCUGCUUUUUCCUCUCUUCUUGAUGAUGACGUCCUCUCCCAGAUUCAACUCCAACAACAAGAAAUUGAGCGUUUCAUUGUUGAACACACUGAAAAGGUGAGAUUUGAAAUUGAAGAAAGAAGAAAUAGGCAAUCGAGAAUGUUGAUUGCAGCAAUCCAAGAAGGGGCAAUGAAGAAACUAAUGGAAAAGGAUGAAGAGAUACAAAGGAUGGGGAAACUAAACUGGAUUCUUCAAGAAAGGGUUAAAAGCCUGUACGUGGAGAACCAACUGUGGAGAGACAUGGCACAAACGAACGGAGCCACUGCCAAGUCCCUGCGCACCAAUUUAGAACAAGUCCUGGCCCACGUUAGCGAGGAACUCCACAUGAGCGGCGGAGCAGCAGCCUCGUUGGCGGACGAUGCUGAGUCUAGCUGUGGCAGCAGCGAUGAAGGGUGGCGCAAGGUGGUGCCACCUCAACCACAAGUGAGCGGCGGUUGUGCGGCGGUGGGGAACAAUAAUAGGAAGUGUAAGAAGUGCGGGGAGAGGGAGUCGAGUGUGCUGUUGCUGCCAUGCAGGCAUCUUUGUCUCUGUACAGCUUGUGGGUCCACUCUGGUAGGCACUUGCCCUGUUUGUGAUUCUAUUACCAAUGCCAGUGUUCAUGUUAACAUGUCAUAAACCAUAAAAUUUUCUUUCUUAGAGUUGUUAGUGACAAA